AUGGAAAGGCCAACAGAACCUACAAUGGGAGUGGCGACCGCUCCAGAUAUGUCACAAGAAUAUGUUUCGUCCGUCAAAACGACGUCGAAGGGCAGCAGCACGUGCUUAUCGGAGGAAAAGACAGCUUCAGAGAAUGGAAAUUGUGUUCUUACCGAGCCUGUGCGAGGGGUUGUUCCUGUCUUGAGGGAGAGAAGAUCAUCAAACAGCCCUGAGAGCGCCAGCUUCAAAGAAGUAAACAUGAAAAAUGACAUUAAUGGCGUGUCCGUUGCGGCAAACCGACUUAAAUACUUUGACUACGUCCCAAUUAAAACGUCAAUCGCGGUCGCCGAAGGAUACCCCAAGCUCGACUUCAAACCAUUCGUACUCCGGAAAUUCUUCCUCGCCGCCACAUUGCUCUUCUUUUCUGCCUGCCUAGGCGGAAUUAUCACCUUGAUACUCAUUGCGCACAACAAGACACACUACUUACGCGUUCACACCUUGAGCACCAGCCUCGCCUUUCGAUACGUUCCAGUUGCCAUCGGAACGUUAACCAUAAUCUGGUGGCGAUCGAUCAUGACUGCCUUGGCAAGAACAACGCAGUACAUCUCAAUGGCGGGACAAAACAAUCACGAGAAGGCCCAUCACAGGCUUCAACGAACGCUUUUGAACGAAUACGCAACUACAGCAUUCAAUCCAGCAAAUGUGAUGGGUGUGGCUAGAAAUGGACACUGGUUGCUAUUCAUCUGCCUCGUGCUUCAAGUUAUGAUGAUGAUCCUCCUGGUUCCAUUGAAAGCUUCAUUUGUUUUGAUCACCGCUGGUAGUGAUGGUUGGACUGUCGCUGUCCUAUACGAAGUCGGGUUAUGGGAUCGGGAGACCGGACUUAAGUGGGAUCCUGUCACUAUCGCAGAUCAAGUUGCACUAGUUCAAGGCUCGAACAUUUUUCCUAUGCUUGAAGGGCUAGAAUUCGCUACUCCCAGGGAGUGCUCAAGCAUACUUGCAACACGUUCUUCUCAUUUCGGAACUUUGAGGCUAGGAUAUUGGAUGCAUAGAUGCAACGACAGCCCCGCAGCUUCGAAUGUCAAAUCAUCUCUCAAUUCCAAUAACAAAGGUGGUUCGAAUAUCGGCGCUUACACAUACCGAGUAGCCGAAAUCAAUGAGUUGCAGCUCGACUUUGGUCAAGUUCGUUUGCCAAGCUCCGUAAAUUACCGUUACCGGAGUGCAUUAUGGGCAGUUAACGACAUAUCUCUGUCUGCUUUUGGCAUGAUUCUCACUGUUUUGAUUGUGUUAAUAACAGCCGGGUUAGCCAAGCAUCGUAUCCAAGCCGGGUUCAAGGAUACGUUCAUGCUUCUUACGCCCAGUACGGUUCACAUGACUGUCGCAACUCUCCACAGUUUCGAAGCAUCUUUCCUCUUACGUUUCAUCCCAGUACUUCUUAUGAACCUUUCUAGUUGUAUCUGGGAUAUGGCGGAUAUGUUCUACAGAAUUACGGAGCCGUUCGCAAGCAUGAGGGAACCGGGUCCUGCGGCAGCAAACCUAUUAUUGGACUAUCCCUCUACAGCUCCCGUAGCCAUUACGAUCAAAGCAAUUCAGAACGGCCAUUGGCGCGUGGCAUUGUGCUCCACCUUUUCGUUGUUGGCCAACAUUCCGCCUAUUAUCGCCACCAGUAUCUUUGUUGGAACGCCAACGCCAGAUGGGGUUGCAAUCUCCAUUGAGCCAAUCAAUUUUUGGGUCUUCUACGUCCUACUUAUUGUAUACUUAGUAUUUCUGGUGAUUCUCCGGCCUACGCCUAGUUAUCGCUUACCUCGAGUUGUGCGGAACCUUUGUGACGUUCUUAGCUACUGCUACGCAAGCACCUUUCUGGACGACCUCGGCACAGAUGGCAAGCCUAUAUUCGCAGCCCAAGAGAAGGAUGACCAAAAGGUUCACCUCGAAUCGAGAAUCCAUCUUGCAAAGAAAGAGUACCAGUUCGGACUAUAUUUAGGCGAAGAUGGAAAACGUCAUAUUGGAUUUGAUGUAGCCGUUAGAGAUGACGCGAACAGAGGACCUGUAGAAGUCCAAACAUUCGACCCUGGUUGGGGCAUCCGUGGCCUCGGGAUGUGGUCCUUGUGGCGGAAGCCGAAGAUUUUGAAAGAAACAGUUUGA